AUGUUGCCCACUCUCCUCCUCGGCGCUCUGCUGCCAUUCUCCUUGGCCAGCCCCAUCGCCCGCGACGUCAACAGCAUCGUCGCCUCGAUCAACACCAUCGAGAGCAACAUCGCCACCCUCAACUCCACCCUCAACACCUUCAACAAGGGCGACCUCGACUCCGGCCUCAAGGUUCUCAAGAUCCAGAGCCAGACCAACACACUGGGCGACUCCAUCGACAGCGGCACCUCGACCGCCCAGGCCUCCGAACCCCUCAACGCCGACGACUCCUUCACCGUCGCAUCGGCCGUCCUGACCCUCCAACCCCAGGUCAUCUCCCUCCUCGACAACAUUGAGCAGCACAAGCCGGCCUUCGACGCCGCCAUCCUCAACCUCGUCUCCGUCACCCCGCAGGUCGAGCAGGACCUCAAGAACCAGAACGCAUCCACCGCCGCCUUCUCCGACGCCGUCGUCGCCAAGCUCGCGGAUCCAUACCCAAGUCUUGCCGGCACCGUCACUGGCCCCAUCUUCUCCAAGUUCAACGAGGCUAUUGCGCUCUUCUCGAACGCUGGUGGUGUCAUUGCGCUGCCACCUCUCCCCAUCUAG